AUGGAUCAUCCACAAGAAGCAGAAGUUCAAAUAGAUAUUAAUGGUGCUGAUCAACCAGAGCCACAACAACAACCAGAUCUCCUCAAACAAAUUGGUGAUGAAGUAGACUCACCAAAAGUGGAAGAGAUUGACAACCAAGUUGAAGCUCAAGAUGAAGGUCAAGAAGCAAAUGUAGAUGAGUUGGAAGAGUCAAUUGUCAAUGGUGUUCCAUCCAUUGAAGAACAACAACAAGAUGAAGAACAACAAGAAGAGGAACAACAAGAAGAGCAACAAGAAGAACAACAAGAAUCAUCUGUACAACCACCAUCAAAUGUCCAAGUUGAAAAUGAAGUCCAACAACAACAACAGCAUGAAAAUUCCAGCAAAUUAAAUGAACUUGCAGCCAGUCUAUCAUCUGAACAAGCUAUUGAUGAAUGUGCCACCUCAAAGAGAACCAUUGAAGAUGCCCAAGACGACUCUACUGAACAACAAAAGGAUCCAAAGAAACGUAAACAACAAGAACUACAACAAACUGAAACCGAUCAACAACCACAAGCAAUUGAUGCCACUUCUCAAUAA